AAUUGGCUUCGUUAUCUUUUGUCACGUAGCGGAGCUCUUAAACUGUCAACACGGGUUCUGGACAAACCGUGCGCUGCUUUCUCACAUUUUGAAGAAAAUGAUACAAAGGGCGACACAUCCCUCAAAAUCCCGGAAUACAUCUUUGUAUUUGUAGACUUUCUGACUGUCAUCAGGUUUGGAAGGAGGGAUGCCGGUGGAGAGCGGGAGCAGCGGCGCCGCCCGUCAGGCCAAACAGAAGAGGAAGUCCCACAGCCUGUCCAUCCGCAGGACCAACAGCACCGAGCAGGAGCGCUCUGGUCUGCAGAGAGACAUGCUGGAGGGACAGGACUCCAAACUGCCUCUGUCUCUGAGGAGCAAUCUGCUGGACCUGUUCAGUCAGAUCGAGAGGGAGUUUGAAAACCUCUACAUAGAAAACCUGGAAUUACGCAGAGAAAUCGAAACGCUGAACGAUCGUUUGGCUGCAGAAGGACAGACUUUCGAAGGGGCAGAUUUAGCCAAAGGAGCACUGAAAACAAAAGCGAGUCAUAGCACCAGCCAGCUGUCACAAAAACUAAAGACGACCUACAAGGCUUCCACAAGCAAGAUUGUGUCCAGUUUCAAAGCAACCACGUCCAGAGCAGUGUGCCAGCUGCUCAGGGAGUAUGUCGGCCACAGAGAUGGCAUCUGGGACCUGAGCGUCACCAGGACACAACCUGUGGUUCUUGGUACUGCAUCUGCUGACCACUCUGCGAUGCUGUGGAGCAUUGAGACAGGAAAGUGUCUCCUCAAAUAUAUGGGCCAUCAAGGAUCAGUCAACUCCAUCAAGUUCCACCCCACUGAACAGAUGGCUCUGACAGCCUCUGGAGACCAGACAGCUCACAUCUGGAGAUACAUGGUGCAGCUGCCAACUCCACAGCCUGUUGCUGAUAUCAGUCAGCAGACACCCUGCGAAGACGAUGUUGACUUUUCGGAUAAAGAUGAGGCCGACGGCGAGGUUGAGGGUCCAAACGACUGUCCUUCUGUCCGUGUGGCGACCACGACUCUGCGUAGCCACCAGGGUGUGGUGAUUGCUGCUGAUUGGCUGGUGGGGGGCAAACAGGUUGUGACGGCCUCCUGGGACCGAGCCGCCAACCUGUAUGACGUGGAGACCUCAGAGCUGGUCCACUCACUCACUGGCCACGACCAGGAGCUGACCCACUGCUGCACACACCCCACCCAGCGUCUGGUGGUCACCUCAUCCAGAGACACCACCUUCAGACUGUGGGACUUUAGAGACCCGUCCAUCCACUCUGUCAACGUGUUCCAGGGACACACUGACACGGUGACGUCUGCUGUGUUCACGGUGGGAGACAACGUGGUGUCUGGGAGUGACGAUCGAACCGUUAAAGUGUGGGACCUGAAGAACAUGAGAUCGCCCAUAGCAACCAUCCGCACUGACUCUGCUGUCAACAGGAUCAGCGUGUCAGUGAACCAGAAAAUCAUCGCUCUUCCUCACGACAAUCGGCAGGUCCGGCUGUUUGACAUGUCCGGGGUGCGACUGGCUCGACUCCCACGAAGCAACAGACAGGGUCACCGGCGUAUGGUGUGUUGCUCCGCCUGGUGUGAAGACAACACCUCGUGCAACCUCUUCACAUGCGGCUUCGACCGGCAGGCCAUUGGCUGGAACAUCAACAUCCCCGCCCUGCUGCAGGAGAAAUGACCUCCUCCUACUGUCACCUGACAGUGAAACUCCACCCAAAGUUUGUCUUUGGAAUGUCAAACGCUCACAUCCUGCAGGCUUAAAAGGUGGCUGUAAACAGUUUUGUUUCAUGCUUUUUAUUUUCCGUGAAAACUUGUCACUGAUGUCAUUCGAGCACUGACACAAUGACAGACUUUUAACAGCCGUCUUUUGAGUCUACAGGAGGUCGGUUUUUGAAAGCCCCCUGAGGUCUGGCCUCCCCCAGUCUGGGUUGCACAAAAGAAAAAGGACUUGCGCUUGCUGUCUACUGUAUCUGUCACGCUGUCUAACUCACCACCGCCAAUAUACACUGAACACAUUUGUGUGUUUUUUGCGUUGAAGCGAUUCCUCACCAUCUUAUAGGGAGGGGGGGACAAUCUGUGUGCCACUGAUGAAAAAAGCACAGAGACGUAACAUGGGAGGUUCUUCGUCUCCUUUUGUUUAAAAACUAAAAAGCAGAAAACAUUUUGCUGAAGAGUUAAAUAAGUGACAUGCUGCACGUCUCUGCUUGAUGCUGCUUUAAGAUACAAUACAGCAAAUCUAAUCUGUGCCACUAACAGCAGAUUUAUGUUUGGACAAAAACAACAAACUGAUGCUUUAAAGGUUAAAUUCACUAGUUUUGUAUAAUCAAUUUUGGUGUCUAGUGCAUUUCAGGAGUUAAUCUGUGAUAAUUUGCCAUUUAGGUCCUACUUUUCCUGAUUUCUGUGAUUGGUGCCAUUUAGGUUAGCUGUUUGUUAACAGUGUUGAAAAGUGGAUUUUUCCUUGAGUUUCAUUGUAAAAUGUUUUGUUUUGCACCCGAGAUUCGCAGCUGAUACCCAUAAUACCAUCAAACAAAACUCAUUGGACAGGUGACAACUUGACUUUAAACGCGCCUAUCAUAUACGCGCCUAUCAUUAGGUGUUAAAUCUCAUUUUGGAAUGCAGCUCUCGUUUGUCACAGCUGGGUUCUGCUCAGAGUCUCUGUGUGAUUCAAUAAUGCACCUUUUCCAAAAUACCAAUAGCUGUUUUGAAUUUUGUUGCUGUUUUUAGAAAAAAAGAAUGCAGCUUCUGUACAUAGUCAACAAAAAUUUCCCAACAGCGAGGUAGGAUUGUUGUCUGCACAGUCAGACACAUUGGGACCUAACCCAAAGGGGUUUAUGGUCCUAUGGCUGAUAAAGAAACUGAAAUUGGCUGGUUCAUCUUCUUUGUAAAAGAGUAAACCCUCACCUGUGCUGGCAGUGGUGCUGUGUUAGUACUACGGUUGUGCUGCUGUUAUGUUGUUGGCCCUCAAAUUUUCACCAUACUGGAUGGCUGUCAGACUGAUCCUGAACAUUCACUUUUACGAGAAACCUGUUCUCAAAAUCUUCUUAAAUUAAAAAUGGCAAAGGAUUUGUUCCGCGCUCACUGACUGGAGAGCUGCCACUGGUGGCUGGAAGCUGUACUGCCACAUUAAUUAUUAAAACAAUGGUCAAAUUAGUAUUUAGUCUCAAAGCAUGCAAAAGUAGUCAAGAAGUCACUAUUUAUUAGGUAUUUAUGUUGAUUUCUCUAGCAGGUUACAAUUUCAUGUUUUAAUAGCAAUUUAUGAAUUUUGUUGUUGAUCUUGUCUUGAUGAAAAAUCUGAAAAUCUCCUUACGUAAGUGAGGUGAGCUCUGAACUCUUUGUAUUAACAUUUGGAAAAGUAAGUGAGCUUCUUUCUGGAUCUGGAUUGUUAAUCUUGUGUCUUUUAAGCUCCUGUAAAGCGGACAAUGGGUGUCACCCACUGUUGGCUUUAAGUCAUUAACAGAAGAAGCAACGCCUCCUAAUUCAGGAACACAUAAAGCUUAUUUUAUUAAGUUCUUAUAAAGAUCAGCUCUAAUGUUACAUGUGAUUUAGAAAAGAGCAGAGUCGCUUAGAGAUGAGCCUGGCUGAGGGGGGGAGGAGCUAAAAUGCUUUUUUAAUAAAUCUUGGUUGAGUGACUGAAAUGUUUUGAGUUCAGUUUGAAAGCCAUCCAGGACCAUGAUACAUAAAACACAGGAGACAGUCCUGUGUGAGGGCUAGUAUGUAGUCAAAUGACUGCCAAGUGAAGCUUUGAGCCCCUGAAUUUGAAUCUGCACCAGUACAGCUUGUCUCCAGGGAGGAGACUGGGGUUUUCUCCCAGCACUGAUGCUGGUGUGGUCUGUGUUCAGUUGGGAGAUGUUGGAAACUCCUCUUACAUUGGUCCCACAUGUCGGCUUCUUCUCCUGUGUGGAGGCUUUAGUGUUUUGGGUGUGUUCUUUAUUGACCUACACUUCUCCAGUGUUGGUCCCAGUUGUAGGGUUUUCCUCCAGUAUGACCUCCCAUGUGAUCUUUCAUGUGAUUGAUCAGUCUGCUCACAGUUUUGACGUCUGGAUCUGACUGUGUUUCUGUAAAGCCAUGAACCAUCCACUGUGUGUCUUCCUGCCCGGUUGACAGUUUAUUGUUAGAGGAUAAUAGAUGUGUAGACAUACGGGGCUUUGCUUUGCACCAUCUAAGACUUGGAAAGGUGAUUUCAGUGUUUCUGUAUGUAUUCAAAUGAAAUAUUUAGUCUCGUAGAGCAGCACCUGUUGAAAUGGUUGCUUGGCAGGGCUGGGUACCCAGACAUAAUACAGACAGAAUACACAUUUUUUUAAUGUUAAUUUUUGAGCGACUCUAACAGCCCCUUUCAACACUUUUCCGGGGAUCAAGGAACCUUUUUUAAGAACUUAGGAACCUGGGCCGAUGUUCCUAGCCUGCAGAAAGUCCCUGCUUGAGGUGGUAGUACUAUAGUAGUAAACUAUAACGAGCAACACGAUGGGAAAAAUGAUUUCUUAAAGAAAGCCAUUGUUUGUUUUAAUAAUGCUAAUUUACUGAAUAUUCACAGUUCUAAAGAUGCAGGGGACAUAAACAGGAAAACUGAAAAAAGGACUUAUUAGUUCCUCAGUUUAGUUUCUGGUGCUUCUUAGUUCCUGGAACUAUUUGGUCAAAAGGGGGCUUUAGGGAGUUUGGUCAACUAGUAUGUAAUGUUGCUGUGUUUAGUAGAGUCAGGCAAAUUAUUUAUACUCAAUAUAAUAUAAUGAUAUCUGAUUUCUUUCAACAAAAAAGGGAUUCAUUUAAAACUGCCUUCAUGUUCGAAAUAUUUAGUAACUGGUGUUGACAUCUUGGAAUGCCCAGCCCUGCUGUUGAACCAAUACUUGACAUGAUUGUACAAAAAAGCCACUUUCUUUCUAGUUUAUCGCAGUGCCCUUUAGUCAUUAUUGUUGAAACACUGUUUUGGGGAUUCUGUCUGUGUCACAUUUGUUAUGGUACUUUUAAAACUGGUGAAAUCUCCCAAGAGUGUUGUGGUGCGUUUGCUUUCACCUGCUUUGCUAUUACAGUGCCACUAAAACACUCAAUUGCACACAAGCGAAUGGGAGAGGCUGUAGUGAUGUGUGUGUGUGUGUGUGUGUGUGAGAGAGAUGAUUUCACUCUGUUACGAGAACAAAGUCUGUGUGUCUGUCUGUACGGUGAUACCAGUUAACGUCUAAAAAAUGUGUCGGAUGUUGUAAUAACAGGCAGUUCACGUUUCGACUGCUGUACAACUGUUGUACUGCUGUUGUACUCUUCAUGCCUUACAUGAUGAGCAAAGUAGUUUAUUCAGACUAAUUGUUUCUAAGUCCAGCUUUAGGUCUGUGGAGCUCUUUGCUGGUUUGUAACUUAAGUGUUUAUUGAAAAAAGCACAUUGACCUGACGAACACGUCUCCCCACAGAGGGUAAAAAGCACAUUUUUGUGGAUACCCACAGUUUUUUAUGUGUGUACAUUUGGUAACACUUUACAGCUGCCUUUUUGCACUGUAUUAGCCCGAUGAGAUGUAUUUCUAACAACAGAAAGUAACACACCAUGUUUGUUAAAAUAAAAUUGGAUUUUGAGGUGUUAAAACAGCAUCAUUACAUUGAAGAGAUUUUCAAUAAUCUUACAGUGCUUGUCAGAAGGCAAAUGUAAAGUGGUAACCUCCUCUUACUUCAACAUUUGUAUCAUGAUAAACUGUAAUAUAUUAAGAAGGUAGCCGAUGUGGCUGUAGAGUUUAUUUCAGCUGCAGCAGUUUUAUUAGCCUUUAUAACUUUGACGACAUGAUCCUGCAUUUCAUUUGUUUUUAUUUUGUUUAAAUCAGAUUUAUUGUUCCUGAUGGAUGAUUUUAGUUUAUCUGCCAAAUGCUUAACAUUCAAAAAAAACUGAGUUUGUUUUGUUUUUCCAGGGAUGGCGAAUGUAAAACAAAGUUUGGCAUCUGGCUAAUUAUAAAUUAGACCACUUAUGUGCUUUUUCCUAAAUUAGUUCUAGAAAAGUAGUCCACCCUGGUUUAAUUGACAAAACAUUUUAUUUGUAUGAAGAAAAACUUUGAAUGUGUGUGUGUGAGUAUUUGAUCCCCAGUUUAUCCAAUACUGUUUUUCUUCCUUAAGGACAGUUUAAACAAGUUUCACUGCACUGAGCCACUCUGCUGCUGUGUUCAUAAUUCACCUGUUUUAACCGAAUGUUCAGUCACUCUGUUCACAUUGUCAGUCACAAUGAAAGCAGAUCACAUCAUCACUGAGCACCGGCCAUCUCAGCUCCACCGUCUUGAAGCCUUGGUAAACUGUGGCUCCUUGGUGUUAAGUGUUUAGUGUGAUCACAAUGGUUGAUGUAGAACAACAAACGCUACAGCUCAGUGCUCAGAAGAAAAAAAAAUGACAACCUGUUGGCAGCAGUUUUGUGGAUUAUAGCUGUGUGAUAAGGAACAAGCAUCUGCUUGUGAAAUCAAAAUAAAACAUUUGUGCUGUUUUCUA